GGUUCGGCCCCACUGGCGCAGGAGUGCAGGCGCCGGUACCGCCGACGUCUGGAGGGUUCGGAGGACUGCGCGGCGCCUUCUCCGUCACCUGCCGCGCCCCCGGCUUUCGCUUUCCCUUUUGCCGGCUCCCCGGUUGCUCAUACAACCCACCAGCCUUUGUGUCUGCAGGCGCCCGGCUCCCAGCGAGCCACAGCGCCGCCGCUUCAGCUCGCGCCGUGCGCCCGGGCGCAGGGGCUCUCGCGCUCGCUCGGGCGCAGGCCCGCCCCCGAGCGCUCGGCCCGCGCAGGCCGCCGGGAUGCGCGCGCCGCCUGCGCCCCGCGCCGCCCCGCCUCCGCAGGCGCGAGAACCUCUCUCCUCUUUCCCGCGACCCCUCCGCCCCGCUCCGGAGGCAGAAGCCGCCCCCGGCCGGCUCGCGCGCUCGCUCGCUCGCUCGCUGAGCCGCGCUCUUCCGGAACUACCGGGGAGCCAGAGAUGCCGGGGGCGUGGAGUUGCCGGAAACCGCAGUGACGCGGGCAGCCGGCGCGCGACCCCGGGACGCACCUCUGCCGAGGGGUCUUCCCCCGGGGCGGGACCUCAGGAAAUGCUCGGCCCCUCUCGGCCUCGUCCUUCCCCUCUUCCCGGACCGGGAGUUUUGAAAUCGUUUCUGAAAGCGACCCCUCACCCUGGAGACAGGAUGGUCCCCGUUGACGCCCCACUCGCAACACUCCUACACGGUGGAAUCGGGUUAAAAGGAGCCGCAAAGGCUUCAAAGAGCAACGGCUUCCAUAAGAGGUCCGUGCAGGCCUCCUCCGUGUGCCCUCGGGUCCCUCCAGCAGAUCUCCACCCUGGCCUGUCCUCUGAGCGCUCAUCCAGCAGUUUGCGCAACUCUGCACUUGGAUGGCUCACAGGACCUCGGACUCCUCACGGCCAGGAGUGCAGCCCACCCCCCUUCCUCUCAACCGGAACUCCCCGUCUUCCCCAUCUGGCGGAAUGCCCCACCAUCCACCCCUACCACCGAGCCGGAAACCUCGAGCACCAUCUCUCACGUUUCCAUUUCUCCAGCUGCCAUAACCAAUUUCCGAAUUCACCGGGCGCUUCUCUCCUAAAUAUAGAAAAUCUGAUGGUUUUUCUCCACCUGCAUUUCCAACACUGGAAUCCAGGCCACCAUCCUCUCUCCUUACCACAUACAGGAGUAUAUCCCCUAGGUGUGGGAGCCACUUUGCUCCCACAGCUGCCAGAGGGAACUUUUAUUUUUUUUUAAUUUUUUUUUCAAUGUUUAUUUAUUUUUGGGACAGAGAGAGACAGAGCAUGAAUGGGGGAGGGGCAGAGAGAGAGGGAGACACAGAAUCGGAA